UCCUGCUGAGGUUCUCUCUGCAUUCCUGAGUGAGGGCAGGUCCCCACCUCUGAUUGGCACUGCUCCCAGCCCUGCUUUAGUUGCCUGGCAACAGCUCUGCGUCUAGCUGAGAAUAUUAUGGCGGGUGGCAGUCCAGCAGCUAAGAGGAUAGUGGUACACCGAAAUGGGGACCCUUUCUCCCCAGGCCGCCAGCUGGUGGUGACUCAACGCCGCUUCCCCACCCUGGAGAGCUUCCUUGGUGAGGUAACAUCAGCCGUACAGGCCCCACUGGCUGUGCGUGCCCUCUACACGCCUUGUCAUGGCCACCCUGUCACCGACCUGGCUGACCUGCAGAAUGGAGGGCACUAUGUGGCUGCUGGCUUCGAACGAUUCCGCAAGCUCCAACCCCAGUCUGGAUGUGUCAGACCCAGCCUGACCCAGAGCCCUAAGGCAGGUUCAAGUACCAGCAUCUGUUUCUGGACUGAGAUGACGGAGACUGUUCCAAUGGGAAGAGAUACCUGCUAUUUACCCUCUGGAGGGAAGAAUCCAGCUGAGAAAAGCAGCAGACUACCAGGUCCUCCGGGGACUCAGUGCCCAUGUGGUGGGGGCUACGGACGGCGGCUACCUGCAGAUUCCCCCUGCUGUAUCUAUGUGUUCAGGAAUGGGGACCUGUUAAGUCCUCCAUUUAGCCUGAAGCUGUCCCAGGUUGCCAACGAGGACUGGGAAACCGUGUUGAAGCUCCUGACCAAGAAGGCCAGAUUAGAGAGCGGGGCUGUGUGCAAACUCUGCACCCUGGAGGGGCUCCCACUGUCAGCCAGGGAGGCUCUGGUGAGUGGCCAUUACUAUGUGGCUGUUGGAGAUGAUGAGUUCAAGGCCCUCCCCUAUCUGGAGCUGCUGGUGCCUAGCCCCUCGCUGCCCAGGGGCUGCUGGCAUCCCCAAGACCCAAAGUCUGGGCGCCACAAGCAGGGGGCCCCUGGCCACAGGGCACAGGCAACCCAGCCCUCUCCAAAGGAACCAAGCCAAAUUGAGCCAUCUGUUUUCUAUGCCAGACCUCAGCAGGCCAUUCAGCCAAGAAGCAUACUGCCCACUCUCUCAUUUCCAUCAGGAGUCAAGGGAGUGUAUGAGGCUCCCCACCCGAGGAAGGAGACAGCGGGGGCCCAGGAAGUAGCAGAUGAUGACGACACCUGGACAGAGGAACAUCUGCAUCAGAAGGCAGCACAGAUAGUGGAAGAGGCCCUGUCCCUGGAAACCCAGCCUCGGGCUGGGGUAGCUGUCUCAGCAUCAGCCGCUGAUCCGCCAUCCUGAGAGCCAGCAGUUCUAGCCAGGCACUGGGGACUGCCACUCUGCAGCCACCUGUUAUCCUCAGCCUCCAGCAGCCUGUUUUAGAGGAACCAGCGCUCCCCUGGGCUCACAGGGUACGCUGUAGCCCCCGCAGGCCCUCCCCACUCUUCUGCUCCUAAACCCACAGCCCAGUCUCGGUUUCCUCUUUGAGCAAAGCAGCCCUAGCUAUGGAGGCCAUUUCCUUAUGGGGUUCUCUGGCCAGAGAAAGGAGUAACCAACUGAGCUUGAGGGAGAGACCACAGACUUGGGAGCGGGUCUGUCACAAUAAAAGAAUUCUUACGAACUUCCGUCUGUUAACUACAGAUUUAUUAUAGGCUACUACUCGCCGGGUAUUACGCCAUAUGCUGGAGUUAGGCAGUGCUGGGGCUCACGGGUGUCCAUCUGUUUGACAGGGGUAGGCAGCUGAAGACUCCCACCCACCUCAUGGGUGGGACAUGCAAGGCUAACAGACAGCUCAUCUCCCCUACAUCUGCCAUUCUGAUGCACCUUCUUCUCCUCCGUUCCCCCCUCAGCCAGCCAAGGCUUUCUGACUGAGCCCUGGAGGCCUCCUGUUUGCAUUUCUGGUUCAAAGGCUAUAGCUGGCCCUCUCUAUGCAGCUGGAGUUCUGCAGCCCAUCGACCCUGUUGCUGUGAUGGUCC